CAAACCAUCACUUCGCAGGCAAACGAGCCUCCGCUGCCCGACAUUGUCUCCAUCCAGACUCCGCUGGAAAGGAGGUCGAAAUGACGGAUGCAACCGUGGGAGCGAGAACCGGGGAGAGUUCAUUUACACCCGAAGGAGCCGUGUAAGUUAAGAGGGAAGCCGCUGCGUGUGUCUCCCUCUUCACUUUCACCGACCCCCUCCUCCUCCUCCUCCGCUGGCAGAAAUUUAUAAAGAACAAAAAAUCCGACGAGGGAGGGAGGGGGGUUGAUAUACGCCGAGGCUGAAAUCGAGAGGCGAACCCAGGGAAAGAGGAGUAAUUUGUACACGGGACUUUCCCCCUCUUAGUCCCCCAAAAGGAGGGGGAAAAGUCGCAAUAUUGGAAACGAAAAGGAACGAGCUUCUAAGGGCGUGAAAACGUCUGCAAUUGUGGAUACUUUAUAUAUUUUUAUUUCGAAAAAAUAUGGCCGAGAACGUUCUGGACUCUGGCCCGUCUUCAGCCAAGAGGCCUAAACUCUCGUCUCCGGCACUUUCCGCCUCCGCCAGCGAUGGAAAUGAUUUUGGCUCACUGUUUGACUUGGAGCAUGAUCUCCCAGACGAGCUCAUUAGCUCCAAUGAUUCAGGCCUGGUCAACGGCGGGGACAUCAGCCAGUUGCACACUACUCUUGGAGGAGGCAGUGGGGGGGCAGGAGGAAUGGGACUCGGCCAUGGCGGAGGCCAGGAUGCGGUGGCCAAGCACAAACAACUGUCCGAGCUUUUGCGUUCAGGGGGACCCGCCUCGGCCCAACAAGGGCACCAAGGAGCCAUGGGCGGCCCAGGAGGCCCCAGCGCCAUGGGGCAACACUUGGCCAACAUGAAGGCAUCUACCGGCCAGGGGCCUCCGCAGAUGAUGGUCCAGGGGCAGCAGCAGCACCUCUCACCUCAGCAGCAGGCCAACAUGAUGCAGCAGCAACAGAACGCUUCAGCUGGAAUGAUGGGUGGCCUAAACAGGGCCAUGAUGGGAGCGCAGCAGAAAGGCAAUAAUGGACAGCAGCAGCCAGGCAUGAUUGGGAGCCAGGUGAUGAAUGGCUCCCCCAGGAUGGGCUUUGGGAUGGGUGGCAACAGCAACCUGUUGGCUGAAACCCUACAGCAGCAGGGAGCUGGGGGCCAGGCCGGGAUGAGAGGCCAGCAACCGGGAGCAAUGAACAAGAUGGGGAUGAUGGGGAACCCCGGGGGCCCCUUUGGAGGUCCAUACACGGGGCAGGGGAAUCAAGGUCUGGGAGGCGCAGGGCUGGGCCCUCAGCUCCAGAACAAAAGCCCUGUGGGCAACAGCCUGGCCCAGUUCAACCUGGACAAGAAGAACCAGCCCAUGCAAGGAAUGGCCGCCAUGGGCUCUCAGCAACCACAAACAGGUGUGGGCGGUCCCUCUGGUGCACCUGUGGGAGGAGCCCCAGGGAUGCUGCCCAGCGCUCAGGGAGGUCUGGUUGGUGCCCGCGCCCAGGUUUCGGCGGCCUCCGCUGCUGCGGGAGCACCGCCCACAGCUGACCCCGAGAAGCGCAAGCUAAUCCAGCAGCAACUGGUUCUCCUGCUCCACGCACACAAGUGCCAGCGGCGGGAGCAAGCCAACGGCGAAGUGCGGCAGUGCAACCUGCCCCACUGCCGCACUAUGAAGAACGUCCUCAACCACAUGACUCACUGCCAGGCCGGCAAGUCCUGUCAAGUUCCUCACUGUGCAUCAUCGAGGCAGAUCAUCUCCCAUUGGAAGAACUGCACGCGGCAUGAUUGUCCGGUCUGCCUGCCGCUGAAGAACGCUGGAGACAAGAGGAACCCGCAGUGUGAGUCUCUACUCAGUGCAGCCGCUGCAGGUCUGGGCAGCUCUCUCGGGUCGGUACCUGGUGGUCAACAAAGUACCCCCAAUCUCAACCCGCCAAGCCAGAUCGACCCCAGCUCCAUAGAAAGAGCCUACGCCGCCCUUGGCCUCACCUACCAAGGCAACCAGAUCCAGUCCCCGACUGCCCAGCCCAGUAUGUCCAACCAAGGUUUGCAAGGCCCGGCUGGCAUGAGGCCUCUGAACCCAAUGGGUGCGAACCCUAUGGGGGUCAAUGGCGGUGUUGGAGCUUCCCCUCAGAGCCAGCAAGCCAGCCUGCUGCAAGAUACCAUGAUGCACCUCAAUGUGAACAGCCAAGGUCUGUUGAAUGAUGCCAGUGGGGUCGGGUCCAUGCCCACAGCAGGCCCUCCCUCUUCUUCGGGCAUGAGGAAAAUCUGGCACGAGGACAUCACGCAGGACCUACGAAACCACUUGGUACACAAACUUGUACAGGCCAUCUUUCCGACUCCAGAUCCGGCGGCACUAAAGGACCGGCGAAUGGAGAACCUGGUGGCCUAUGCCAGAAAGGUUGAGGGAGACAUGUAUGAGUCAGCCAACAGUAGAGCGGAGUACUAUCACCUGCUAGCGGAGAAGAUCUAUAAGAUCCAGAAGGAGUUGGAAGAGAAGAGGAGGACCCGGCUCCAGAAGCAGGGUCUGGGCCUCGGUCCUGCCGGCAUGGGCCAGUCCCCCACAGGACUGCCUCCAAACGGCCCCCUCUCUGACCCAUCAAUGGUGCGACCACCUGGACCAAAUCAGAUGGUCAACAGGAUGCAAGGGCCAGGUAUGAAUCAGUUCAAUCAGAUGGCGAUGCAGUCUAUGGGCCAGAGGUCAACGCCUCCUCUCCCCAUAGGAGGAUGUGGGAACCAGAUUGCAAUGGCCGGACCCAGGAUGGGGCAGCCCAAUGUCAACCAGCUGCAGAACCAGUAUCUGUCCCAGGGACAGUUUCCUGGGGCAGGACCUGGGACACCUCAGCCGGGGAUGGCUCAACCGGGAGCACAGACAGGCAUGCCACAGACGCAGAUGGGCACUCCUCCGUCACUUCCAGUUGCUAGUCCUCUGGCACAGCCGGGUUCAGCCGGGGGACCCAGUGGUGUCCCCUCAGUGGGGCCCAUGGGUCCUCAGAGCGUUGGUGGCGGAGGUCCCAACUCAGUUGGUGGGCCCCCUGCUUCCUCUAUGACUCCGCCGAAUGCAAACCAGCAGACCAACUCCAUCCCCCACUUGGCGGCCAUGCGUGGCUCGCCGUCGCCGGCUCACAGUCGAUCUCCUACUCCUCACCAAACCCCGCCGAGACUAGCCGGGUCCCAGACCCCGCAGCCCCACACCCCUAACGCACCGCAAUUGUGUCCGCCUUCAGCCCCCCCGCAGAGCCAGCUGGGCCAGGGCCCCGGCUCCAACAAGCCUCUCCAUCAGCAGCACAUGGGGUCCGCUGGUUCAACCACUCCGUCUCACCCUGGGUUGUCCUCCAGCUCCACGCCGCACGGUUCUCAGCUGCCCCGCACUCCGUUGUCCCAAAAGGGUUCGUUUCCAGCAGACAGUCAGGCCCACACUCCAGCCUCUGUCAGCAGCCUGGACGCUUCCUCCCAGCAGCCCCAGUCGAACGCUUCAACCGCCAACCUUGACCCCAAGAUGGAGGUCAAGCAGCAGGACGAUGAGGACGAGAGCGACAGCGGGAGCUGCUCCAAAGGAGGAAAGCUCAGUAACCUCAAAACGGAGGAAAAACCUGUCAAGUUAGAGGUUAAAAAGGAGGAGUGUUAUGGUGAGGGAGGUAAAGGGGUUUCCAUGGAUACCUCAACGACGAUGCCAUCGGCGAACGUCAAGACUGAAGACAGGAAACUGGAGAUAAAGAAGGAGGAAGACGAUACUUCAGACUCCUCGUCAACACAGGCCUCAGUGAAAAAGAAAAUCUUCAAACCCGAGGAGCUUCGUCAGGCCUUGAUGCCCACACUCGAAUCUCUCUACCGACAAGAUCCAGAGUCGCUGCCCUUCAGAAUGCCUGUGGACCCACAAAUGCUGUGCAUACCUGACUACUUUGAUAUUGUGAAGAACCCUAUGGACUUGUCUACUAUCAAACGGAAGCUGGAUACAGGUCAGUACCAGGAUCCUUGGCAGUAUGUGGAUGACAUCUGGGUGAUGUUCAACAACGCCUGGCUGUACAAUCGCAAAACAUCCAGAGUCUACAAGUACUGCUCCAAGCUGGCCGAGGUUUUUGAGCAGGAGAUCGAUCCCGUCAUGCAGAGCCUUGGCUACUGUUGUGGAAGGAAGCUGGAGUUCUCUCCUCAGACACUGUGCUGCUACGGGAAGCAGCUGUGCACUAUUCCCAGAGAUGCUGCUUACUUCAGCUACCAAAACAGGUACCACUUCUGCGAAAAGUGUUUCAACGAGAUCCAGGGAGACACGGUUUCCUUGGGCGACGACCCCACCCAGCCGCAGACAUCAAUAAACAAGGAACAGUUUGAGAAGAAGAAGAACGACUCACUGGACCCUGAAUUGCUCGUUGAAUGUAUGGACUGUGGGCGCAGGAUGCAUCAGAUCUGUGUCUUGCACCACGAGACAAUCUGGCCGUCGGGUUUUGUUUGUGAUGGCUGCUUGAAGAAGACAAACAAAACCAGGAAAGAAAACAAGUAUUCUGCCAAAAGGUUGCCCCAGACAAAGUUGGGCAGUUACUUGGAGUUGAGGGUGAACGACUUUCUGAAGCGUCAGACCCACACAGGCGCCGGAGAGGUCUUCAUUCGCGUUGUCCACGUCUCUGACAAAGUGGUGGAGGUCAAACCAGGCAUGAAGUCCAGAUUUGUGGACAGUGGAGAGAUGUCCGAGUCUUUUCCAUACAGGACAAAAGCCCUUUUUGCCUUUGAGGACAUUGACGGAUCAGACGUCUGCUUCUUUGGUAUGCACGUUCAAGAGUACGGAUCCGACUGCCCUCAGCCCAACCAGAGGCGAGUCUACAUCUCCUACCUGGACAGCGUACACUUCUUCCGGCCUCGUGGCCUGAGAACAGCAGUCUACCACGAGGUUCUCAUUGGCUACCUGGAAUACGUCAGGAAGUUGGGCUACACCACUGGCCACAUCUGGGCCUGCCCACCAAGCGAAGGGGACGACUACAUCUUCCACUGUCACCCUGCAGAUCAGAAGAUCCCAAAGCCCAAACGCCUCCAGGAGUGGUACAGGAGGAUGCUAGACAAAGCUGUGGCGGAGCGGAUAGUGCACGAUUACAAGGAUGUCUUCAAGCAAGCGACAGAGGAUCGUUUGACUAGUGCCAAGGAGUUACCUUAUUUUGAAGGAGACUUUUGGCCCAAUGUGUUGGAAGAGAGCAUUAAAGAGCUGGAGCAGGAGGAGGAGGAGAGGAAAAGGGAGGAGAACAGCACGUCGAAUGAGAGUAUUGAUGAGACAAAGGGUGACAGUAAAAAUGCAAAGAAGAAGAACAACAAGAAGACGAGCAAGAACAAGAGCAGCCUGAGCCGAGCCAAUAAGAAGAAGCCAGGGAUGCCCAAUGUCUCCAAUGACCUUUCGCAGAAACUCUAUGCCACUAUGGAAAAACACAAAGAGGUGUUCUUUGUGAUCCGGCUGAUCGCAGCACCCAUGGCAAAUGCACUGCCCCCCAUCACAGACCCGGAUCCCCUGAUGGCAUGUGACCUCAUGGACGGCCGCGACGCUUUCUUGACGUUGGCAAGAGACAAACACCUGGAGUUCAGCUCACUGCGGAGGUCCUUGUGGAGCUCCAUGUGCAUGUUGGUGGAGUUGCAUAACCAAAGCCAGGACCGCUUCGUCUACACGUGUAAUGAGUGCAAGCACCACGUGGAGACUCGGUUCCACUGUACUGUCUGCGAGGAUUACGACCUCUGCAUCACAUGUUACAACACUAAGGGCCAUAUUCACAAGAUGGAGAAGUUAGGCCUGGGUUUGGAUGAUGAGAGCAGCAACCAGUCUACAGCAACCACUCAGAGCCCCGGAGACUCUCGGCGCCUCAGCAUCCAGCGCUGCAUCCAGUCCCUCGUCCACGCCUGCCAGUGUCGAAACGCUAACUGCUCUCUGCCGUCCUGCCAGAAGAUGAAGCGCGUGGUUCAGCACACAAAGAGCUGCAAGAGGAAAACCAACGGGGGCUGCCCCAUCUGCAAGCAGCUCAUCGCCUUGUGCUGCUACCACGCCAAGCACUGUCAGGAGAACAAGUGCCCCGUUCCCUUCUGCCUGAACAUCAAGCACAAGCUGCGGCAGCAGCAGCUGCAGCACAGACUCCAGCAAGCCCAGAUGCUACGAAGGAGGAUGGCCAGCAUGCAGAGGGCGGGUCAGGCCGCUCCGGGAGGGGCUCCGGGGGGCAACGGACUACCUUCGCCAGGAGCAAACAACGGAGCGACGGCUCCCGGUACCCCGACAUCGGUGGGCACGCAGCCCGCGACCCCGCAAACACCCACCCAGGGGAACAUGCUGACCCUUACUCAGCAGCAAGGAGCUGGUAUGGGCGCAAUCGGAGGCAUGGGAUCAUCAGGCCAGCAACAGCAGGUUCAGCAGCAAGGUGGUGCAAUGGCCCCUCAACACCAUCUGCAUCAGUUUCAGCAGGUGGUUGGAGCGGGUGGAGGAGGGAUGAUGAACUCUCCUCAGCAGCAGAUGGUGCCUCAACAGCAGCUUCCCAAUGUCCAGCAGCAGCAGCAGCAGCACCCAGGUAGUUUGUCUCCAUACAACCCCAGACUGCCUGGGGCUCAUCAGUCCCUGGGUAAACCUGGCAUGGGUCCCGCCACCCCCCCACAGCAGCAACCCAACCAGGGCCAGGGGUCCAUGCCUGCUCAAGGCCAGCAGCAAGGGCCCCCUCAGGCUGCCGUGGAGACGGCCCUUAAAAUCCAGCGCCUGGCAGAGACCCAGCGGCAGAUGGCUCAGGUCCAGGCUCAAGCCCAGAUACGCGGCCUGGGACAGGGGGGCAUGAUACCCUCACACCCCCAUCACCCGAACACCCAGGCCCAGAUGGGCAUGGCCCACCAGGCUCAGGGUGCUGUUGGCAGGACUAUGUUAGAUCCUCAGCAACAGGGAAUGCUACCUGGGAUGCAGUCACCUCAAGUUCAGCAGCAGCUGCAGCAAGUCCAGCAGAGUGGUGGUGUACAACAGCAGUGGGGGGCUGGUGGUCCAGCCAUGAACCCACAGCAAAGAGCAGGCAUGAUGGGGCACAUGGCACCGCAGCAGCAGCAGCAAGCAGUUACUCAACAGCAAAUGAAUCAGCAGCAGCAGCAAGCAGGAAACCGUGGUCUGAUGCAAGUGAUGGGAGCAUCAGGGGGGGCGCCCAACUCAAUAGCAGCUGCAGCGGCAUCCGGAAAUCUCCCCCAGGCAGCACUACAAGACCUCCUGAGAACACUGCGCUCCCCGAGCUCACCCCUUCAACAGCAGCAAGUCCUCAACAUCCUCCGUUCCAACCCCACUCUUAUGGCUGCUUUCAUCAGGCAGAGAGCCGCCAGAUAUCAGGGCGGGCAAGGUGGCCCUGGAGGAGCAGUAGGUCCUCCACAAGGUGGCCUUGGAGGUGUGAGGUUCCAGGGGGCUGCUGGAGUACUACCCGGUGCAGGAGGGCCUGGAGCUAACCAGCUUGCUAGUAUUGAUGGGCAACAGCAGGUUAAUGUGAGUCAGACAGGGAUGAACAUGGCUCAAGGCGGAGCAGGGGGAGGGAAUAUGCCCACCAUAGCUCAGCUUCAGCAGUUGCAACAGCAACAACAACAGCAGCAGCAACAACAACAGCAGCAGCAGCAACAACAACAACAGCAGCAGCGCCCGAUGUUGCCUGGCAGUUUACAGCAACAGCAAAUGGCUGCAUUACAGCAGCAGCAGCAACAACAACAACAGCAACAACAACAGCAACAACAACAGGGGCCAAUGCAAGUAGGGCAACAAGGCAACAUUACCAGUAUGACUCCGCAGUUCAGAGACUUGUUGAUGAGAAGACAGCUGCAGCAUCAGCAACAGCAACGACAACAACAGCAGCAACAACAGCAACAGAUGGGAAAUCACGGACAGUUCCAGCAACCUCAAGGACUCCAGCAGCAGCAGCAAGGUUUCAUGCAGCAGGGUCAGGGUCAGCCGGGCCAGGCGCCAUCUUCCCAACCCCAGCUUGGAGGUGGAGGUGUAGGGGGACCACCGCAGCAGGGAGGACCACAAAGUGGGCCGCAGCAAGGCUACUCCAACUCCAUGUCACAAGUAGCUGCAGCGCUCCAUCAGAGGCUCCAGCACCAGCACCAGAUGCAGAUGCAGCAGCAACAGCAGCAGCAGCAGCAGCAGCAGCAGCAAAACUCAAUGGGUGCGCUUCAAGGACAAGACGGAGGGCCCAGUGGAGGCACGGCAGGACCAGGGGGGGCCCCACUCCAGUCUGGACAAGGCGGACCAGGGCAGGGUCAACAGCAGCAAGGUGGUGUUGGCGGAGGGGGUAGUGGUGGCGGGCCUUCGCUUCCACAGACGCCGCAAAGCAUGCUUCACCAGAACCUCCACCAGAGGCUGCUGCAGCAGCAGCAGCAGCAGCAACAGCAGCAGCAGCAGCAUCUCGGUGGGGGCUCUCCGGGUCAGCACAGCAGUCCCAUGAGUCCACAGCAGCAGAUGGCGCAGUCCCCCCACCCCCACAUGCAAGGACAAGGAGGACUGGGUCCAGCAGGGUCGCUCAGCAGUCAGGUCAGGUCGCCGCAGCCUUCGCCAAGGCCUCAGUCGCAGCCGCACUCCAGCCCGUCCCCGCGCAUGCAGCCCUCGUCCCAACCUCAGCCCUCGCCCCACCGCAUCUCCCCGCAGACCCAGACUGGCUCACCCCACCCGGGCCAUCUUGGCCAACAUCACCCCAGUAUGGCGCCGCCGCAGCAGCCGCCGCCGCAGCCCCAGCAGCAAGGGCUAUCGCAACAGCAGCCGGGUAGUUCUGUAGAUGCCGGUCAGUUCAGCGCCGACCAGAACGCCAUUAUGUCCCAGCUGAGUGGGAUGGCGGGGAUGCACGGUGGGCAGGGGGGGCAGUCGGACAUGUCGGGUGGGAAUAAUAAUAAUAAUAAUAAUAAUAACAACAACAACAACAACAACAACAACCAGGAGCUUGGAACGAACAGUAACCACAACAAUUUAGGCCACAUGUAGCCUUGUUCCAAACUCUCUCUCUGUCCUGAUGCUCUGAUUGGUCGAGGCGGGACUACUGCUUUGGGGUUUUAGAAGUUUUUAUUUUUUAUUUAAAUAUUUUUGUGAUGUAUAAACAAGAACUGAAACUUCCUAUGGGAGAUGCAACAUAAAUCUUAAGAGUCAAUAAAUGCAUAAAUUAAAACAAUGGUAAGUUAUUGCUGUUAAUAUAUAUCUAUAUAUUUUUGCCAAUUGUGUACAAAAAGGUGGACGGGCAGUGUUUCAGGUUGAAGAUGUUUCUUCCUUGGUCUACGAAACAAUAUUUUUGGGGACUGAGAAUUUUUGCCUUUUUAUGAAUAUUUUUAAGAUUUGAAAUGUGGCUAAAAAUUAAAGUUGACACAAUGUACCUUUUUUUUAUUGUUUUGUUUUCCUCCUCAAAUACCCAGUCAUAGUUGUAUGUAUAUUGCAGAGAGUAAGUCUAUUUUAUUUCUGAACUUAUUGUUUUUCUUUCCUUGAUGGAUGGUCACUCAAACAUCAAACAUAUCUUCUGUUGCAGGGAAUUAUUUUUCUGAACAGUUUUCACAUCGAUGUACAUUUUACAGCUCGUCUUUUUAUUUGAUUCGACCGCUGGGUGCGUGCGUUAAAAUGCAGUUUGACUUUUACAGGUUUCUUAGGUGAUAGUUUUUUUUCUUUUUUGUUUGUUUUUCACAGGGUUUUUUUUUUAACCUCAGUGUUUUUCGGGGAGUUCACGGACGCUCGGUUCGGUUUCCAAGCUUUCUGCAAAAAAAGAAGAAGAAGAAGAAAGAAGUGCAGAUCAACACACGUUUGCACCCUAUGGGCCACCCUCCAUGUCCUAUGAA